CCCGGAAGUGUCGUCACAAGCCGGUGUCAGAGUUUUUAGGUAACGUGGCCUUACCAAAAUACUGUAAGGUGACGGGGAUUUAAUACAUUGAAAUCUGAAGUAGCUUCCUUCCGGCAGUUUUGAAACAUUCAAAGGCUGGAUACCCAGUAGGCAGCUGAAGAAGGAUUUCUCGUCAGAAUGGCUGAUGUACAACAAGGACAGUCGUUGGUGCCGGACCUGAAUGCUACGUUAAAUGAGACCGUGACAGAAGGGAAUGUGACGGCCAAAUUUGUUGCCACACCUCAAGGCACAGCAUUGGCAUAUGGUAGCCUGGUGUUCAUGGCCCUGUUACCCAUCUUUUUUGGGGCUCUGAGAUCUGUCAUAUGUGCCAGCAGCAAGAAUGCUACCGAUAUGCCGGAGACCAUCACAAGCAGAGAUGCUGCCAAAUUUCCAAUAAUUGCUAGCUGUACCCUGUUUGGUCUUUAUGUCUUUUUCAAAAUAUUUACUCAGAGGUAUGUGAACCUCUUGCUUAAUAAAUAUAGUUGCUUGCUUGGAGGGCUUAUACUAAGUCACUUAGUUAGCCCGGUAAUGAACACAUUUUUCCCCGUCACCUUUUCCAUAAAACAGUACCAGCUGCUUUUUACCCAGGGCUCUGGAGAUAACAAAGAAGAAAUUCUGAACUAUGAGUUUGACUCACGGGAUAUUGUGUGCCUCGCAUUGAGCAGCGUGGUUGGUGUAUGGUAUUUAUUAAAAAAGCACUGGAUUGCCAACAACAUCUUGGGCUUGGCAUUUGCGUUAAAUGGUGUUGAGAUGCUUCACCUCAACAAUGUCCCAACAGGCUGCAUCCUCCUUGGAGGGCUUUUCGUAUACGAUGUCUUCUGGGUUUUUGGUACCAAUGUUAUGGUUACAGUAGCAAAGUCAUUUGAAGCCCCGAUUAAAUUGGUGUUCCCCCAGGAUCUUUUGGAAAAGGGUCUUGAAGCCAAUAACUUUGCAAUGCUUGGUCUUGGCGACAUUGUAAUUCCAGGUAUUUUCAUCGCCUUGCUGCUACGUUUUGACAUAAGUUUGAAGAAGAACACCCGGACUUACUUCUACACCAGUUUUUUGGCAUACAUCUUUGGGCUUGGAUUUACAAUUUUUGUGAUGCACACAUACAAACAUGCUCAGCCUGCCCUCCUGUAUCUUGUCCCUUCAUGCAUAGGAUUACCAGUUUUCGUGGCAAAACUUAAAGGAGAACUGACUGACAUGUUUAGCUAUGAGUCCUCUGCUGAAAUCCUGCCACACACACCAAGACUCACUCAUUUUCCUACCAUUUCCGGCUCUCCUGCCAGCCUUGCUGAUUCCAUGCAACACAAACCUUCAUCUCCACGUCGCAGGCGACCUAAUCCCAGCGUUAUGUAGCAAGUUCAGUGACAUUUGAAGAGUUCUUUUGAUUGGGCAGGUACCAAGAGAACCAAGAGGAGAAAAAAGCAAGUGUGGAAUCUGUGGAUGAAACAAAAGAGACUGAAUUAAAGAAGGAUAAAUGAUGCCAACAACAUUUGUAGUGUUUUAGACUUCAACAACCAAACUUGCCUGUUUUGUAUUCAUUUCAUGCCCAGAAAGAUUAAGCAACUGUUGGGGGUGGGUCAAAUUUUUUUUAUAUAUUGUGUUUUAUUACAUAAGUUGUUAGGUUGUUUUGAUUGGGAACGAAAUUACAGAGUGUACAAGAAUAUUUUCAUCAUCAGUGGGUGUCUUUUGUACUUAACUCUGUAUGCAAAUAUUCAUGUGCUGAAGUCUAUCCAUGAUGUUUUGACAUGGCAUUUUAAUUUAUUUAAUUGUGUCCGUCUUAGAGUACUACAUAUUGCUGAAGGAUCAGAUUUUUUUAGAAUUUCAGUCUGUAUAUCAAAAGCAAGUGCAAAUGUUGCCUUCAGUAUGCAAGAGGUACUAGAGCUGGUUUAAGGCACUUAUUUGGAGGUGUGUAACCUUGCUUCUUUCCUGACGCUGUUGUGCUUACCAAAGAUGGCAUGUGAAUUAAGUGUUUCAGUCCACAUCAUUGGUGAAGUGUUAUGUCACUUCCUAGAGUCCACCCCCCCCCCCAUCAGAUCCUGAAUUUGCAUUGUAAAAAGGGAUUAUUUUAUUUUAAGAAUGCCCAAAUACUCUUUUGUAUGUGAGCUGCAUUUAGUUGCCUAAAGUUCACAAGUUUAAAAAAAGUGUCAGUCCAAUAUCAAAACUGUGUGCUUUGGCACUUGCCUGUUUCCUUUAGAGUAUUAAUUUGAACUCAAGAUUCAUUAUUACAUCAGAAAAGCAGUGUUAAUGUUUAGAGCAGUUUACUAAAAGUGUUUUUCAUAUGUUUCUCAACCAUCACCGCACUGUGAGGAAGGAAGCAGUGGGAGAAGGUAACACUGGUGCCUUUUUAAAUUCAUAUCUUGUUCACUUGAUGAGGAACUUAGCAGUGAUAAUUUAAAUAUUGUUGCAUUAAAACUACAGGAAUUUGUGAUUUACAGUGUUAUACCACUGACAUCAAAAUAAGCCAAAUUUCUUGUUCUUUUAAAUGCAUAGGGUAAUCACCAUGGCUCAGGUUUGUAUACAUUACCCUGCUGUUAGACUGUAUCCCUCCCUCUCUCCCUUGGGUUCUCCAUAUGCCUUUGUGUUGCUUUUGAUUUCAUGCUAGAUUCUGGAGGGAGUACUGGCCCCAGAAGUUUGUGCAAAUGGCAGAAUGUAACCCUUUUGAUGUGUGGGUUACACUUACGGAGCUGGGCCAGGUAGCAUUAUGAGCAGUUGGUGUUUUAUGGCUAGAAAGCUACUGUUUGCAGCCAUGAUAAACUGCUAAAAGAGUGAACUUUUUCCUUCCCCUUGUACCUUCCGUUGUGUUGUAGCUGCAGCCAACUCAAAGAAGCAUGGAAUUUGCAUAUAACACUUCCCUCAAAGGAAAAAAAAGUUAAAUACACAAGUUAAUAAAUGUCAGUACCUUAACUUUGUAAAUACUGGCUUGGAGAAGUUUAGUGUUUAGCAAAAUUUAACAACUUGGAGAACCCCUUCAGGAAAAUCUGCAUUUGUCCCACACUUUUAAAAUACAAAAAUCUCUGUUAGCACUGCCAUCUCUCUAGUCUUCUGUUACAGAAAUGCAUCUGAUGUUACUGCCUGAGCUGCUGAAAAAAUGUAGAUAAUCAGAGCAUAAGGACUGAGGUCUUAAUCCUUCUUUGAUCAUUCCCACCUGUUCUUUGUGCAUAACCAAUCUAUUCUUGUUCCCCAGCUGCUAGCCCUAUCCUUAAUUAGGAUGUGAAUGGUUUCAGCUGGUCGUACCUUAAAAAAGCAGCUGCAGGACUUAUGGUCUCGCACCUCACUUCAGACCAAGGGCUGCAGUGUCACUGAAAUGGUCUAACUUCAAUUCCAUGCAUACACAUACCUUUAUAGUUUAUAUAGCCUACACGUGCUUAAGUUGCUAUUUUCACGCAGCAUAUGUCAAAUGCCACACACAAACUUUGUUCUGUGUGGAAUUCUAUCCCUUUGCCUCUCAGAUUUGUAACUAGCUUACUCACAAGUGUUUUUGUUUUAAGUGCAUUAAUGUUUAUCGUGGAAUACACCACUUUAACCUCUCGUUUUCCUCCUGUUCAUCAAGAAAAAAUAUGUACACAUAAACAAGGAUUAUUUUUAUAGUACACUUUCAAACUAAAUAGAUGUAGCCUUUAAUUUUUUAAUAUUUUGCAUCUGUGGUUUAUGUAUUGGUACUACAGGUAAACUGAAAUUUAGAAAUCUGUCCUUUUGGCUUAUCAAAGUAUGUCCUGAAGUUUUGUUUUACAUAAAUAGUUUGUUUUUUUUCCUUUUUUUUCCCUAAAGCAUCUGUCUGCCCAUUUCUUACUGUUGUGACGCUGGCUCAGGCUGGCUUCUCGUUGGAGGAGCUGUUGUCAUUACUGCAAUAAAUUGUGGUGUCCACCACUCUUAACAUGCAUUAAAAACUCUUGUUUGAGAGUGCA